AUGGAAGGACUUGCUGACAAAGUUGCAUCUUCCACUGUAAACGUGGGAUCUCACCGUACCUUUACAAAAUUCCCCGACCUGAAUGCUGAUGAUGAUUUGGGCGAAGAGAUACACUUCAUGGAGACAACCAAAGCUGAAACAAGGGAAUCACAAAUAAUGGUUCCUGGCGUGGUGCGAACGUCCACGACCAAAAGACAACUAGAUGACAUUGAAAGCAUAUUCAGUGACAAGCCGAGAAAGAAGAAGAAAGAGAAGAAGCAGAAAGAGAAAAAGAAGAAAAACGCUAUAGACGAAAUAUUUGGAUGA